AUGUUUGGUCAGCCGAAGUCCGUUUUUGGUGGUUCACCAUCUACUGGAUUUGGGUUUGGAUCGACCCAAUUCGGGGCAUCAGCCACCACAAGCCAGCCAUCCACAGGUCUAUUUGGUCAACCUGCCUCCUCUACUCAACAAACUAGUGUCUUUGGAAGUUCCGUUUUCGGAGGAGCAAGUGCUACGAUUUCUGGAACAACGGUUAAAUUUAAUCCCCCACUUGUAAAUGAUUUAGUCCAGAAAAAUGGUCAAAAAGUUCAAGUAAAUGCUAAGCACAUGUGCAUUUCUGCAAUGAAGGAAUAUUCAGACAAGAGCAUGGAGGAACUUCGUGUUGAGGAUUACCUUCAAAAUCGCAAAAGUGGGGCUGCUGCUACCAAGAGUAUAUUUGGCUCAACAUCUACUUCCGCAUUUGGGUUUGGCACUGCUCAGACGACAGCAUCUUCUUUAUUUGGUUCUACCCCUGCUGCUCAGACAACUCAGUCAUCUCUUUUUGGAAGUGCAAAUACAAAUUCUAUUUUUGGUUCAUCUCAGCCCAUGGGCUCAUUUGGCCAAAGUAGUAUAUUCGGUUCUAAACCCCUAUUUGGUCCCUCAACAACUAGUACCACUGGACUUAACUUAACAACCAAUCAACAACAAUCGACGGGAUUUGGUUUUGGGCAGAACACUCAACAACAGGGAUCAAUAUUUGGUAGUGGUAGCACUUUUGGAGCUGCUAAUACGACUGCGUCGUCUUUCGGUGUAUUCGGAGCUCAACCCUCGUCAACUCAGUCAAGUGGUUUCUCUUUUGGGAAACCCGCUGGUUCGAGUAUCUUUGGCGCGACAACAACUACGACUCCGAGUUUAUUUGGUUCUACUCAACCGACCGUUCAAGCGUCUCCAUUCGGAGCCCCAGCUACCUCUCAGACUAGUAAUAUCUUCGGUGGUGUGAAACCCGCUGGAACUUCGCUCUUUGGUACUACUACAGCAUCUGCAUUCAGUUUUGGGGCCAAGACAAAUACUACGAGCUUAUUUUCUACUCCAGCAAACAACACUACGGGUUUCGGACUUGGAACUUCCACUUCAAACACCCUGCAGACAGGUCUGUUUGGGGCAAAGAAACCAUCUUUUGGAACCCCAGCUAGUUCUACAACUCCUGCCUUUGGUUUUGGCACAGCAAACAACACCGUCGCUCCAGCAACUAAUCUCUUUGGCAACUCAACCGGUUUCGGACUUGGUUCUGCCGCUCAAACCACUCAACCUGCUACCGGUAGUAUUUUCGGUUCUACAAAUGCUGGUGCUACGGGAGGACUGUUUAAUAAACCUGCUACUAAUGCUUUCGGCUUUAAUCAAUCUUCCACUUCUACUCCCUCACUGUUUGGUACAACUCAAAACACCGGGACUGGACUUGGUACGAACCUCUUUGGCAACACGAAUACUACAGGUGGGUUAAAUACAUCUCUCGGUUUCGGAGGUCUCACUGGUUCCACCGUCACUCCCUUCUCCGCAAAUACUGCCCAGAAUGGUGCAGCUCAAGGCCCUCUUGUAGAAGAGCUGACUCAACAUGCUAGAGCACAGCAACAUGUUCUUGACAUGGUUCGCAGUAUGCCCUAUGGACAGUCUUCUCUCUUCAAACACCUUGAUGUUGGACAUUUUUCAUCUACUGCACCAUCUUCUGCGUCGACCAUAGUCACCACAACCACCUCUACUGCAGUUUCAAAAACUACUGGAGGUGGUUCUGUGAUGUCAGUUUCAGCUGCUGCGAGUACUAUAGCAGAGUUGCACAAAACAAAUUCGCUCGCUAGAAGUCCAGCUAGAAUUGGCAAGGGUUUUGUCACGCGUGGACCUAUGCAACAAGUUCCUCUCAACAAAAGACAACUCUUCACUGGUUUUCAAGAGGACGAUGCUCUUGUUUCUGCUCAGUCUCCUAUGUCAGGGAACAUAAGGAGCAAUGUAGGAGAUAUUUCCCUAAAUAAGUCCAAUGGUGCUUCUGAUAGCCGUUUCUUUGUGCGCAGAGAUACUUGGAAACGCCUCAAUAUCCCCAGUUGUGUUAGGAACUCGAUCAUCGAACGUUCAUCUCUGGCAGUUUCUGAUUUGGAACAACAACAGAUUGAAGAAAGUGAUGAAAGUGAAUCACAAGUAAGUAGCAAUGUUCCUCCACCAAGAUCGCCCAAGUUAAAUAAGGGUGCAGGAGAUGCUGGUGUGACUGCAGUCUCUUCCCCGGUUACUAGGGUUAAGUUUCUCGAUACUGCAACGUCCACGCCUUUGUCAAACAGGUCAACUGGUGGUGAAGAGUUGGUAAAUAGUCGGAAACAAGCUCCCCAAACACCCCAACAGAAUAUUUCGAACAGUCCAGCAAAUGCUUGCAAUCUAUCUGUAGAUGCCAACUGGACUAUGACACAUGAUACUCAGCUAGCUUCACCAUCAAUUGUACAAAAUGACGAAACAUCCGAUUCAAGUCAUACUGCGACUACAAAUAGAGCUGGCAUACGUUUAUCAAAACCGGGGUACUAUAUGUUCCCUACUUUGGAUGAGUUAGUUGAUUUGAUCGAUGAGUCUGGGCGUUGUGUUGUCCAGGAUUUCGUCAUUGGAAGACAAUCUUAUGGUCACAUCCUCUUCCCGGGGUUGACAGAUAUCACUGGAAUCGAUUUUGAUGAAGUGGUUCACAUUCGACGUCGUGAAGUGGUUGUCUACCCCGACGAUUCCGUCAAGCCGCCACAAGGAUAUGGUCUCAAUAGGAAAGCAGAAGUUACCCUAGAUGGUGUCUGGCCAACGGAUAAAUCCACGAGGGAGUUUAUAAAAUCACCUCAGAGAAUUGCUUCUAUGAAGUUUGAUGAACGACUGGAGAAGUAUACACAAAAGAUGGAUGCUACAUUUAUCGAAUACCGACCAGAUACCGGAUCCUGGGUGUUUGAAGUGAAGCACUUCUCAAAAUACCGUCUGGAUGAUUCAGAUGACGAAGAGGAAGCUGAAAUACCUUCGCAAACUAAAUGGGCAAAUGAAAGAGCUGCGGAAGUCAGCAACUCUCGAAAGGUUAACGUCGACUCAAACAAGGUAUUGGGAAUGGUAGACUCUCCCAUUCCCGAAAGCGCAGCUUUGAAUGCUUCUCGUAACACUUGGCAUUCACCUCGAGGCUUCAAGGGAGUUCGAGAUUAUCUUUUUUCUACUGGUUCCUCCAUGGAUGAUAAUGGUGGAAUGGAAUAUGACGAUGUAGAUGACCAGGCUGAUUUUCUCUCUCGACGACUAUUCCAAAAGGAGAAGGCCUUCAAUCUGCCCCAACCAACCCAAUUCGAGAAUACCACUUCUCUUGAGUUGAAUGACCUUUCUUCUUUUGCCACAAAGACCUCCCGCUUCAUUAGCCAAGAGGAACAAGAUAUAGCAGCAGCAGCAGCCAAUGUCCUAAAAUUUGAUUCCUUGCAGUGCGUUCACAACCCAACUGCCUGUGAUCAUACCAUUGUGUUACCCAAAGUGGAUAAGAAGAAACUCUGCUCAUUGCCCUUUGAUAGAAUUCAGGAACUCCUCAUUGGCAAAUCUAUUGACUUUCGACUCAGCUGUUUCGAUGCUGGUUUCGGUAGAGGUGACGUUGCCCGACUUUGUUGGAGUUUAUUUCCGCGAAAAGAUCUUCCUCCACAACUUGUCCUACUCACAAGUGAUCCCACUUCUGAUCCUCCUGCUCACGUUGUUGCCUCUACAGUUCCCGUUCAGAUUGAUCCCCAAGAGGAGCUCCUACUUAACUCAGCUCUAGAGACAUCAACACAAACUGCCGUGGAAAUAGGUUUCUGUCCACUAUUCCAUCCACAAUCUGGUCCGUGUGUUUUGGAAUCUUACCUGGGAUAUCUAGGCAGCCGUAAUGGAUUGACGGAGGACUCUGAAUACUCUGAAAAAAUGAGAGCUCUUCGUCGUGCUCUGCUCCUCUGUCAAGCUCUUUGGGCUCGACAUAAUGAUACUUUGGGACUUCAUGAAGAAUUCGUACCAUGUCAGCCGCGUGACUUUGGUUUCGAUAAACAAGAACCUGAUGAUCUGGUUGAUGCUUGUUCUCGCGAAAGUGUUUCAGAUUCGGAUGCUAUGAAUGACCUCUCUCGACGUCAGGCUGUGUCCGAAUGGAUUAGGGCUGAGUUACGCCCCUGGUUGGAUGGUCGAUUAAAGGAGCUCAAAGUAGCUCAUCUUUUGAGUGUUAAAGAUGCCUCUCAACCCCCUUGGAAUCUUUCUGAAAAAGUUACGAAAUCAGCCGUCUAUGAGGGUAUAUUUGCUUGUCUUUGUUGUGGAGAGACCGGAAUGGCCUGCCGACUUGCUCUCACUUGCCGUAUGUCCCAUCUCGCCAGUUGUCUCUCAAUGGCUGCCAUCAGUGACCCUCUUUGUAAGCGGGGUUUGCAAAAACAGCUCCGUGUGUGGAAUGAACUCAAGGUUCUGCCUUUCAUGCCUCAAUCAAUUCUACGCACAUACGCUCUUCUAGCGGGCGAAAUCAAGGUGCCAAUAACGGGAAACAAGGGCAAGACAGUAAUUAAUGUAUUGGCAGGUGUCCCUUAUCUCCAGGCUCUGGGUGUCCAUCUGUGGUACCUGGUGGAUCAUUCGACCGAUUUAGCAUCUGCUCUCAGGCUCUUCUCCAUUAACUGGCAUGCCUGUGAUACUUUUGAAGUUGCUCCACCGCGACCUCCCGAAGAUGCUGAUCUGAAAAUGUCGAACAGCUCAUCAUCGCUUAAGAGAUCUGGUGGUGCUCCUUCUCAGAUUAUGCUAUCGCGGAGCAGUUCUCGAGAUGUGUGUUACCACCUCUUACGUUUGUCUACACGCCCCUGGCACAGUUUGGAGCGAACUCUUGAUCCUCAGAGUAUUCGCAGUAGUCCCAAACAGCGUCAAAAUCAGCCAUCUGGUGAACUCCUAGUCAGUGACAGUAGCUGGUCCUCUUCUUGGCAUCUAUGGCGUGUUCUCGUGUCUCUUGGACUGGGUUCUCUUAAUCCGAUCGCUACAGCUCGUUUGCAUGAAGAAUUGGCUAGCCAUUUGGAAGCUGGUGGUCUCUGGGAAUGGGCUGUCUUUGCCCUCAUGCAUGAAGUUGACCCGCGUUCUCGUGCUGCAUCUGUCAAGCGACUGAUCGCCCGAAACGUCAAGCUUCAGUCACUCGAAAGAACGCCCGAAGGGCAGUGGAGGCUUGAUGAAGAAUCUGUCAGUCGUUUCAACGAGGCUGAGUCCUUUAUCCUGCAGAGAUUUGGUGUUCCUGUCAAGUGGCUCCAUGAAGCGAAAGCCUGUUUGGCUCGAUCUCUUCUCGCUUCACAUUCGUCAGCUGUCGACGCGGAAACUUAUCGUCUAUUGGCUAGUUUAGAGGCCGCUCAUUGGCUAGCAUCACAACACUAUGAUGCUGCCCACGAGGUUUAUAUGAAGCACCUUCUUCCUGAUAUAAUGCUUCAUUCUAGCCCAGUUUCAGUAUCCUCCGUUCUAGCUGAUGCACACCUUGCUACCGGUGGAAGUCCUGUCUCUUUGGCUACCAAACUCAUGACAGUUCUACAGCCUUUUAAUGGAAUUCCUCGAGAUAGUCUUCCAUCCGCCUUUGAAAGGGGUGCUGAAGUCUAUGUGGUGUAUGCUCGAAUUCUCAGCCUUGCAUAUCAACUUUCUCUCUGUAAUAAAACUGAUGAGGAGAGGAUGGAAAGUGACAGUUAUAUGGAUGGUAAUCGAGUAAGAGAUAUUUCCGAUAUCCUGGAGGAUCUUUUGGCAAAUGCUCAGCAGCUGGUUGAUUUGCUUCAAUCAAUGCCCACCCCUACUGUUCGCGACAGGGUUGUCAAAAGCGAGAUAGCUGUCACAGUGAUUCGCCUAAUCUCUGUUUUUCUUAAUAAUGACCUGCCUUUAAAGCCGGAGACAGGAAGUGAAAUUUCUGAAGAACUGGACGAGAAGAAUUCGAUCCUUUGCCAGAGAUUGAAACUGCUCACGAAUAUUGAUCUACCCUCGGAGGCAAUUUUAAGUGAAGUGGAAACCCUCACCGCAACGGGAAUCUCCCAGCGUAUGUUGUCAUACACAUUCACGGUUCGCACUUUGCGCUCAUUCUUGCGUCCUUUUUCUUCCUCUGUUUCUAUCUCAAAAUCCGAAUAUGUUCUGAGAAGAUCGAAACUGGUCGAAAAGAUUGCUCAAAUUAGUCCGACCAAUCAAUCAUCCGUCCACCAUUUAGUUAUUAUUCCAUCUGCUGAGGUGAAAUAUUCCUCCCUUCAUGUCCCCUACAGUUUUAGACAAGACUCAUACUUUCGAUAUUUGACUGGAAUUACCGAGCCUAAUGCUGUUCUUUCACUGGAGAUUGAAUGCAAAUCUGGCGAUAAUUUUUCCUUUCUUCCUCGUCUAUUUGUAGAAGAACGAACUGCUUACGACACACUCUGGGAUGGUCCAUCCUUGGGCAUUUCAGAAGCUACGAAGCUUACUGGCAUUAAACAAACUCUCCCUACCAAAUAUCUAUCAAGUUAUUUCAAAAAAGCGUUAUCCGAUCUCUCCAACACUGAUGGAUUAUUGUGGUUUAGCUCACCAUUUAUUGUUAAAUCUGGAGAGAGGGCGCCAGUUAAUCGGCCGAUUUUUUCUCUUGUCUCAGAGCAUUUCACUGAUAACAAAUUGACCAAAUCUCAACUUAAAAACCCAAACCCUCUAAUCGACGAAUUACGGGUGAUAAAAUCUGAAGCCGAGCUAAAAAUCAUGAGAAAGGCUGUUGAGAACACUGCAAUUGCCCUUAAAAAGACGAUGGCGUCGGCUUACCCUGGUAUGCGUGAGGCUGAAUUGUCUGCUCGAUUCCAGUUCGAAUCCUCCCUCUUGGGAAGUGGUUUAGGUUAUCCAGCUGUUGUUGCUGGUGGUAACCGAGCUAAUAUAAUUCACUAUUUAAGGAAUUCUGAACGCGUCGAGGACGGCGAUUUAGUUCUAAUGGAUGUGGGAUGUGAUGUCGAGGGCUAUACUGCUGAUAUCUCACGAACUUGGCCUGUAAACGGUGUCUUUUCACGUAAUCAAAAACUUCUCCUUGAGAUUCUAAUUCAAGUUCAAUCAGAAUGCCAGAAAGUUGCAAGUCCUGAUUAUAGCCUAGAAAAACUCUAUGGUAUAAUGGUGAGGAGAUUGGCAUACUACCUCAACGAAGAGAAGAUUAUUCGUGUCAGUGAAAAGGAGUUUAGCAAGGUUGGUGCGGCUAUUUGUCCACACCAUAUUGGCCAUUAUCUUGGAAUGGAUGUACAUGAUACAAGUAGUGUUUCCUAUGGCCGCAAUUUCGAGCCCGGAAUGGUAUUUCCCCUUGAACCGGGAAUUUACUUCCCCGGUUCUGGAGGGAGAGUGCCUGUUGCUGAGGAAUUCCGUGGAAUGGGUCUACGACAUGAAGAUGACUAUGUUUUUACUACUGAAGGAAAAGCUGAAAAACUGAGUACCUGUGUGCCUUAUUCAAUCUCCGAUUUGGAAGCUCUGAUUGGUUCAAAUUGGACUGAUACAUUUGAUGGUGUCAAAGAUUGCCUUUAG